CACUGCUGGCUCAUGUCCAGCUUCUCGGCUACCAGGACCCUCAAGUCCUUCUCCACAGGGCUGCUCUCAAGGGGUUCUUUGCCCAGUCCGUAUAAACACCUGGGAUUACCCUGGCCCAAGAGCAACACCCUGCACUUGUCCUUGUUGAACCUCAGUAGAUUCACACGGGCCCACUUCUCCAGCCUGUCCAGGUCCCUCUGGAUGGCUUCCCUUCCCUCCAACGUAUCGACUGCACCGCUCAGCUUGCUGUCACCCACAAAUUUGCUGAGGGUGCACUCGAUGCCAUCGAGUUUAUUUAUUAUGCGCCGUUUAUUUAAAAAAAAAUGUAUUAAAGAGUGAAUUACUAUAGUAACUGUAUUUUUAUUUAAGAGACUGUUGGCUAUCUUGCUCCACUGUGCAGAUACAGAAGCAGUGCCAAACAGUGAUACAGCUGUUGCAGUAAAAUGAAAGGUCACUCUGCAGGUGAUCUCCAGACAUACCUUCAAAACUGAGCCACUCUGUAUAUCCGAUGAAUAUAUUCUUAGUUUAUAAUAAUGCCUUUCUUGUGGCAAUAUUAAUGCUUGGUAGGAAACUAACCACAUACACCGUCAAACCUUACACAGCCAAACUCUUUCAGUCAGUUUCCUAUCACUCAUCUCUGUAUCAAUGCUGUAUCCUUCUGUUUGUUAUUUUCAUUUGUUUACUAGCAGACAAAAUGUGUUUGAUUGUUAUGAAUUACUGAAUUUAAAAUGAGAUGAAAAGAGUGUCCAAUGUGAAUAAAAUAGAAAAAAUAGCAUAGCUCCAUAAAUAUCGAAGAUCUAAAAAUAGAAAUAAAAAAUUUUAUCUCGGUAAGAAAUCAAUAAAAAGAAAAUAAAAAAAAAAUAUGAUAGCACCAGACGAUGUAAAGCAAUUCAAGGAAAUUCUAAGAUCGUUACAUCACAGAGUAAUAGAAUAUUGUUGCCGGCAGGUCGAAGGAGGCAAACCUUCCUGCCCGCUCCAUGGCCAGCAGCAGGCACCUCACUGCACUGCCUGCAACAGCCGCCAUCUUGCUUGGGUGCCGAGGGCCCACGCCCUCACCCCUCUGUGUGGUAGUGACUACCUCACAGAGCGUGUCGCAAAGCGGCCAUUGUGACAUAAGCAGCCAGGAGCAGGUUAGGCCAGGCCAAGCUCAGACCGUGGGUCAGUGCGACCUGGUGAGGUGAGGAGAGAGGGCAGGGAGCCAGGGGCUGCCUGGGGCUGCUCAGUGAGGAGGGGUCCCCACGCCCUGGGGGCCUGAGCUGCUAACUCAACUCUCGUCCUGCUUCUCCCUCAGAGUCGGCAGAGGAGAGCGUGCAGGAGAAAGCCCAGCGCUGACUGGGCAGGGACUCCAAGCGCUCAGCGUCGACGUGUACCAUGUCCAAAAGGAAGGAGAAGACCUCCCACUCGGAGGAGCAAGUAUGCAUGCUGUGUCGCCGAGCAGACGUUCACCCGGACAUCUGCGGGCCCACCCUCAGCGAGAGCGGGCUUUGCGUCCACAAGUUUUGCUUGUUUUUUGCCAACGGCCUGUAUGAACACACUGCCCUCCAGAGGGCAGUUCUCAAGUUCCCCCUUGAUGCCAUCAGAUGCACAAUCGAGGAGGCAGAGCAGAAGCACUGCUUCGUUUGUGGAGAGAAGGGGGCCUCCAUCUGCUGCGCAGAGACAGGCUGUGAGCGUAGCUUUCAUCUGCCCUGUGCCACGGAUGGCGAAUGCGUCACGCACUUCUUUGGGAGGCACAGGUCCUUCUGCUGUGAGCACCGCCCUCAGCAGAUAGUGGAGGCAGAUCCAGAGCCUGACACAGCCUGCAUCAUCUGCCUGGAGCCCGUGGGGGACAAAAAGUCCUACCACACCAUGGUGUGCCCAGUGUGCAUACAGGCCUGGUUCCACCGGAGCUGCAUCCAGGUAGGAGCCCUCCCCUUGCUCUGCAGUCACCGCAGGUGCUCAGCGGCACCAGGCCCCGCUCACACUCUGGCUGCUUGUGUGUUACUGCCGCAGGGACAGGCCAUGAGCGCUGGCAUUCUGCGCUUCCAAUGUCCCGUCUGCAGAGACAGGAUGCAGUUCCGGACGCAAAUGCACAUCCUCGGGAUCCAAAUCCCAGCCAGAAGACCAACAUGGGAGGACAAGGAGUCCUAUGAAAAGCUGUACGAGAUGCACGGGCUCUGUGAUGUCAGCGAGUGCCUGUACACAGAAGGCAGGGAGCAAGCAGAGGAAGAGGGGCCCUGGGAGCUGCUCGUUUGCACCUCUUGUGCUGUGCAAGGCACCCACCGGCACUGCUCCUCCUUGAGCGAGAGCAUAACAAGCUGGGAGUGUGACAUCUGUGCUGGCGUGGGCACAGCCUCCAGUGACGAGCCGCAGCUUGCUGGUCCCAGCACUGCCAGCCAGGAGGCAGAGGGGCCAUCUCCUAGCUCCCCAGAACCUGGCAACCACAGAUCCGACUCCACCAGCAAGGCAGCAUCGGAGUCACCCUGUGGUUCUCAGCUGCCUAAGCGCAGCAGCCUGUCCAGCCAGCCCAGGACAGGACAGAGCAAGAGCCGCGGACAUACAUCUAAGCAGCACCAAGGACACCAAGGGAGCAGCCCUACACCAGCUCCAGGUGCUGAGAGCAGCCCCCGCGGAUCCACCAGCAAGCGGGAAGUGGGGUCCUCCAGAAAUUGCCCAGUGGCUGAACGCAGAAGGCAAUCUGGGCAGCAGGGCACAGGCCGGACAAGAAGCCGCUCUCCGCUGAAGGAUCGUGCCUCCAAUUCCCCGAGCCAGCUCAGAAGAAAUCCUGGCAGCAGACGUAGUGCAGCCUCAGCUACUGUGAGCGGCAGACGUACUGCGGCCUCAGCUACUGCCAGCGGCAGACGUACUCCAGCCCCAGGUGCUGAGAGCAGCACGCACACCUCUGGCAGCCGGAGGGCAUCCAGGAAUUCCCCAGGGGCUGGAAGCAUAAGAUGCCACAAAGAGCAAGGCACAAGCCGGAGACAGAGCCAAUCCUCCCUCCAAGGUCCGGCAUCAAAUUCCUCGAGCCAGCCCCGAGGACGCCGUGGCAGCAGGCUUAGUGCUGAGAGCGGCUCCCAGAGCUCUGGCAGACAGGUGACAUCCAGGUCCUCCAGGGAUUCCGCGCUGCCUGAACACAGAAGGCAUUCCCAGAACCAGGAACGAAGCCGUUCCCCGCGGGAUCGUCGGGCUUCCAAUUCCCCAAGACAGUCUGGAGGAAGCCAGAGCCGCAGUCCCAGGCAGCGGCGGCCAUCUCAGGCACGACGCCACUCCCAGAACCAGCCCUGAAGACACCGCAGGAGCAGCCAUGUACCACAGCCACGUGACGGCUCCUGUCCCCAGCAGCCAACCCAAUAGACUUGUCACGGACUUCUCUCUAGAUCCGCGUCCGUGACAGGGGGCAGCAGGCCUGGGAAAAAAGACAAAAAAUACAGAGAGACAGAGGGAAGAAAGAAAAGUGUUAACGGAUUACGGGCCGGUCCGGCGCAGCCCCGUGACUAAAGAGGCAACGGACUCGUGGGAUAAUACAAUGCAACACAAUACAAUUGGAAUGGAGACCCACACAGCAAACAGAAUGAGGGAGAGAAUGUCCAAAACUGAGGCCUUACUCUGUGCACUGCAGAGGAACCACGUGCUUCUCCGCUGUGAAAGCGAGAGUCCGCGAGAGGGAGAGCGGCUGGUGUCCUGCCAGGAGCUGCACCUUUCUUCCUCUGA